UCUCUCUCUCUCUCUAUAUGCCGAGCAUUAAUUCAAAUUACCUCGAGUUCAUUUUCAUGCUUUCUGCUUUAAACUUUUGAAUGGCACGGAAUUUGGGAAUUGAAAGACCAAACUUGAUUUGAUUUGAUUAUUGGACGUAGAGAGUAUUGUAUCGUCAUGAUAGCAGAAAUUCUGACCUUCACAGCAGCGGCGUUAAGAUGGUGUGUGAUUUGUGGGGGAAAAUGCUUUUCCAAGCUGAAAAAGAAAUAUCUCCAUCCCAACUCAAAUUCACAACGUCAAACUCCACCCCAGAAUGUCGACAUUCAUGUUGAUCAGCUCCAGCUGAAUAUGUUAGUGGUGGAUGAUUCCUCAAGCGGUCAACCUGGUUUCGACCGUCUAAACUAUCAACUUGACAAGGCAGCAUCCGCACUUGCUCCGAUUUAUAGCAAGAUUCAAGAAGCUCCGCCAGCUGACAUGGAAAAAUCUCAGGAAGAUCAUCCUCCUGCCGCUACCCAAGUCCAAGUCGUCGACAAGGGAAAAGCUCAGGCAGAUCCUCCUGACAAGGGAAAUAUUGAGGCAGCCCCUGACGAAGGAAAAGCUCAGGCAGCAGCUCGUACCGAAGUCGUCGUCGACGAGAUAAAAGCUUAGGCAAAUCCUCUCUCAAAGUGGUUCGAUCACCGACAAAGGAAAAUGGUUCAGACAGCUCUCAGCCUCACAACUUAUGAAUAGCUCUGUGUAUGAUACGCCUUUGAAUACCUCUAUCUGUGUAUGAUUCUUGUUAAUUGACACAUGAAAUGAGAUUAUUUUCAUUUUAAUUUUAAACAGAAUUUGAACCUAAUACAGCAUCAUUAAUUUAAUUUAUAGUGGAUUCAGUUGGACUUGGCAUGAA